GAGGUAGCGAGGUCGGCUGGGAGGGCCAGACAUGCUUUCUUUGCGGAGGACCACCUUGGGGAUACUGUACAGGGCGGAGAGGUCCUCAAACGUACUACUGCCGAUCUGUUCCCGGACUAUAGCGAGUGCCUCAGCAACGGCGGUGUGGAGAGCCGCAUCUGA